CACAUCAAGGGUGGUGUUGGAGCCGAUAACGGUAACGUUGUCAGGGACAGGGGUGGACGUGGACUUCACUAUUUUGAUCCUCGUUUUGAAAAAAGUGGACAAGGCGUCUGCAGGAAUGAAUGCGAUGACAACAUGGGACAAUUGGGAUUCCUGUCUUCAUUGCUGGAAAAGGUGCAAACCCACUCCACUGUCAUCGGGAAGGUGUGGUUGACUGUUCUGUUCCUUUUUCGGAUCAUGGUGCUAGGAGCCGGCAUUGAGAAAGUUUGGGGCGAUGAGCAGUCCAAGAUGAUCUGUAACACCAAACAGCCGGGUUGCAAAAACGUGUGCUACGACAGGGCCUUCCCCAUCUCCCACCUUCGUCUCUGGGUGAUGCAAAUUAUCUUCAUCUCCACGCCAACCCUGAUAUACCUGGGUCACGUCAUCCACGUCACACAGAAGGAGAAAAAGCUCAGGGAGAAACAGCAGAACAAUGCAGAGAAGCAAGGGCUGAAGAUGCCCAAGUACACAGACGACAAGGGCAAGGUCCACAUCAAGGGCAGCCUCCUGGGCAGCUACAUGACCAGCCUGGUGUUCAAGAUGAUCCUGGAGGUUGCGUUCAUCGUGGGCCAGUACUACCUCUAUGGCUUUGUGUUUGUACCCAAGAUAGAGUGCGAAGGGGACCCGUGCCCCUACAAGGUGGAGUGCUUCAUGUCGCGGCCCACAGAGAAGACCAUCUUCAUCAUCUUUAUGCUGGCGGUGUCCUGCGUGUCCUUGCUGCUGACCGUGGUGGAGAUCUUCUACCUGAUGUGCAAGUGUGUCAAGAAAAGCCCGCUAGAACCCCCAAUCGAAACCCCACUAGUUCGAUUACAGUGCAGGGAAAAUUUAACACUCAACUUCAGUGGUCAAACAAGAAAACACAGACAGACAGACACACUAGUCACAUACUGAGAAGACAGUGAUUUAUGUUGACUGUGAUUUAUGGUCUUGCUGCACUUAGCCGCUAUCUCACAGGCAGACUUGACUCUACACCUUUUUCUGAGUUUUUAUUGUACCUAUGGGAUCCUGUUUUUCUCUUAAUUAUGCUUGUUUGUAUAUGGGCUUGUGGGAGAAAGAUUACAUACUAAGAUAAUCCUUUAAUUGUCUCCCAAAGGAGAAAUUUGCAAACUACAUACUAAUGCAAUCCUUUCUAUGAGUGUAUUAAGUGGUAUGGACGCUAUGUAUUGCUGAUUUUUGAUGGUUCUGAAGCUCAACUGUUGGAUUGUAUGUCAAUGCCAUUAAUCCUAAUAUAACAUUGCCAAUAGAUUACCAACAGAAUAGAAUACUACAUUUUCUAGACAUGACAAUUUAUAAGGACUUGAAUAGGCAGCUACAUACUACCUUAUUUAGAAAGAUUGCCUCUCGCAAUACCAUCCCAUGGCCUCUAUUUUCCGACAUGGCGCAAAGUGGGUUAUUGUUUUACGCAAGAGAGAAAAAAUGUGUGGCACUUGUCUGUCCCCUGUGGUUUCAAAAUAAAAGUCUCUUAAACUAUG